UGUUUCGUUACCUCCUAUUAUGAUUAGUAGAUAAGAGAUUAGGCAAAAAUAUUAUUUAUACUAAGCAUUGUCCAUAAUUCUUUGCCGCUCGUCUUAUCUUCUCCGCGAUUGCUUUCCACCUUAAAACCCCAACCACACCAUCUUCAAUCUAUCUCCAAAUUACCACACGCACACUGUGCAGAACUUUGGAAGGCCGUGUACGAUUAUCGUCUAGCAAUGGCGGCCUGCACAGCUACAGCUUCAACUGCUGUUCUUCUGCCUUCCAAUCCCAAUUCAAAGGCUUACAUUUCCCCCAAAUCCAUUUCCGUUCCCUCUUCAUUCUUCGGACUCCGCAAUCCACUUGUUUCUCAUGCCCCUACUUCCCUUACCUCUCGCUCUUCUUACAACACACGACGCAGUUUCGCUGUGCGCGCAAGUGAACUGCCACUUGUUGGAAAUCAAGCUCCAGACUUCGAGGCAGAGGCUGUUUUUGAUCAGGAAUUUAUCAACGUUAAACUAUCUGAAUAUAUAGGGAAGAAAUAUGUUAUUCUCUUUUUCUACCCACUGGACUUCACGUUUGUUUGUCCCACUGAAAUCACUGCUUUCAGUGACCGUUAUGAAGAAUUUCAGAAAUUGAACACAGAAAUAUUGGGUGUUUCAACAGACAGUGUGUUUUCCCACCUUGCAUGGGUCCAAACAGACAGAAAGUCUGGGGGUUUGGGUGACUUGAAGUAUCCAUUAGUUUCUGAUAUUACCAAAUCAAUUUCUAAGUUAUAUGAUGUGCUCAUUCCUGAUCAGGGUAUUGCAUUAAGAGGACUUUUUAUCAUUGACAAGGAAGGAGUUAUCCAACACUCCACCAUCAACAAUCUUGCCAUUGGCAGAAGUGUCGAUGAAACACUGAGAACGCUCCAGGCAUUGCAAUAUGUUCAGGAGAACCCAGAUGAAGUAUGCCCAGCUGGAUGGAAACCUGGGGAGAAGUCAAUGAAGCCAGAUCCCAAACUCAGCAAAGAAUACUUUGCAGCAAUAUAAACUGGAUUCGAUCCAUAACCCAAGCACUGUGUUAUUUUCCAAUUAGGUUGUAGAAGGUUUUGUUUUCUUGCAGAAAUUUGUGAUGUCUAUUUUGAGUUUCAAUAAUUGACCAUGUUGAUUUCGACGUGCCUAGCGUUCAAUAAAUGUCGAGAUACCUGGGAAUAUUCUUCCUCUGAUUUCUUGUUC